CGAUGACGUAGUUUCCGGUAAGCUCAUGGGGCGAUUGAGAGGGCCUGGAAGUUCGCAGAGAUGAAAGAAGAGGAACAGCUUGCUCUGGCUUUCAUGAUGAGUGUGAAAGAUGCCGAUGAGGAAUGUACCAGUGGUCAGGAUGAGGAGGAACUGAUGAAUAAAGCUCUCAAGGAAAGUCUGCAGAUGCACAAUCCAUCCCGUAAGCAUGCAGCAGCUGAUUCAUUGUCCGCUGAGAGCCAGCAUGAGCUGGAGUCCUACACCUCUUGUGGAUUGACUGAGUCAGACAUGGCCGAUAAUGUCCUCAGCCCAUUGGUGGUUCUGGAAAAGCUGAGUGAGGAUGUUGUCCGCUGUUCACAGGAGUCCAGCAUUAUCCUGUCUCCAGAGAAGGAACUGUGCCUCAGCACCAGGUCACUUGUGAGGAACCUUCAUGUUGGUAAUAAUCAUUCUCGUGUAAAUGUCUCACCCUGUCAAUGUGUUGACAGCACUACACAGCUCACACCCACAAAAGCAGUGAGGAAGCUGAAAAAUGCCUCAAGUCAACUGUGUGUGCAGAACUGCAGGUCUAACACACCAUCAACAUCAGACCACUUUAGCAAUCCUGAACUAAAACUGGCGGAGAGACAGGACAACGUGGAUUGCAGUGGCUGCCAUCAGCCUGUAGUAGAAAACUUUCAACAGACGUUGCCUAUCCUGAAGGACAAAAGUGGCAGGGAGCUGCAGUCUUCUGAGCAGCUGUGCAUGUGGAGUGAAUGGUCAGGUGCAGUACCCAUCAAGAACCAUUCCCAAGAGGGACUCUCAACUAGUCUUGAUGGGGUAGUUCAUUACUUCUGGGGUAUUCCAUUUUGCCCAAGCGGUUUGAACCCAGAUCAGUACACAAGGGUUAUCCUAUGCCAGCUGGAGACAUAUGAGCAAUGUCUGAAACGUGAACAGAGCCACCUCCUGUGGAAAUUAGAGUUUGGAGGUCCUGUUUUGCCAGCUCUGGUGCCCAGGGAUGGUCAACAACCAAGAAGAAAAUUGCUGGCGUCAAUGGAGACCAUUGCCACAGUAAACCAGGACCAAGAAUCUGACAGAGAGAAUAAGCAGGACAGAGAGAGACAAGAAGAGCAGAGUACACCAGAAUGUUCAUCAGACAGUAAGGAAUCCAUUGAGGACGCACAGAAAGGCUUUGAAACAGGACAAGGAUGGUCAGUCGAUGGCAACAGUCGACAGAAGUCUCCAAACUUGUUUAUUGAAGAAUCUCCGGAGGUGAACGAUGAAGCGAAUAGUGAGCAAGUGGAAUCUGAGGAAAGAGAUGUGGGUUCCAGUGUGAGUGUUGAUGUUCAACCAGAGGAUGAUGUUUUGUUUAUUUGUGCAGAGACACAGCAGAGCUCUUCUGAAGAUGUGCAACCAGAGAGGAAGAAAUUACAGGAACCUGACAUGGUCUUAGAUCAGGAGCCUACAGAUAUAUUGCUAAUUGAUGAUGAUUCUGAAGGACUUUGUCCUGUCACAUCUAAGAAAACUUGCGUUGAGUGUCCACUUUGUGGGCAGCGCUUCCCUUUGGUAAAAAUAGAGGUGCAUGCAGCCAAUUGUAAUGGGACCAGACACACAGAGUGGCAAGUGCGGACCCGCAGCAAACUACGCAAAGCUGGCAAAGAGAUUGGCACAGAUGGAUACAACUCUUCAAUAUUCAACCAGUGAUGGGAGUUGAGCAAGUGUGUGGAGUUUCACUGAAUCUCAUGCACUUGCCAACGAUCCAAAGGCCUUAUCCUGAUUGACGGAUCCUGAAUCCUGUCUUAAAUCCGACCAGAGACGUGCAGUAUGCAAAAUCCACCACUAUGAGGGGCCUGCCUGUACAGUCACUGCAGCCGGAGAUUACCACCAAGCCUUCAUAUUCCAGGACCAUUUGCCAUAUGUAAAUAGUCUUUCAUUAAAAUCUUCACUUAUA